UGUGCGUGGUGCGUGAUGCGUGGUGCGUGGUGCGUGAUGCGUGGUGCGUGAGCCCCCAGCGCAGGCCGGGAUGUUCGUCCUGGUGGAGAUGGUGGACACAGUGCGGAUACCCCCGUGGCAGUUUGAGAGGAAGCUCAACGACUCUAUUGCCGAGGAGCUGAACAAGAAGUUGGCCAACAAGGUCGUGUACAACGUGGGACUCUGCAUUUGUCUGUUUGAUAUUACCAAACUGGAGGAUGCCUAUGUAUUCCCUGGGGAUGGCGCAUCUCACACCAAAGUCCAUUUUCGCUACGUGGUGUUUCAUCCGUUUCUCGACGAGAUUCUGAUCGGGAAGAUCAAAGGCUGCAGCCCAGAGGGAGUACAUGUCUCUCUAGGCUUCUUCGAUGACAUUCUCAUCCCCCCAGAGUCACUGCAGCAGCCAGCCAAGUUUGAUGAAGCGGAGCAGGUGUGGGUGUGGGAGUAUGAGACAGAGGAAGGAGCGCACGAUCUGUACAUGGACACCGGUGAGGAGAUCCGCUUCCGGGUGGUGGACGAGAGCUUUGUUGACACGUCCCCCACAGGGCCCAGCUCAGCAGAGGCCACCACUUCCAGUGAGGAGCUGCCAAAGAAGGAGGCUCCGUACACGCUUGUGGGAUCCAUCAGUGAGCCGGGCCUGGGCCUUCUUUCCUGGUGGACCAGCAACUAGUCAUGGGGCUGGACUGUGAACCCCUACCAGCCUUCGGGAAGACGGUACAGCGGAAGCAGGAGCGUGAAGGCCUCUUUCUGGGAGACUCCAUCCUGGCCCAGCAGGGAAGCUACAGGAACAUGGGGGGCAGGGCUGCCCUGCAGGUAGAAGUGGGGUGGGAGGUGACAGGUCAUUUCUGCCACACCUCAGGUGUCCUUCACUGCAGAGAUAAAUCCAGCUGUGGCCAUGGCUGCUGGGUGUACACUGACCUUGACUGAAAAGACUCUUCCUGGACCCUGGAGUUGAUAGCAAACAGCACAGACACCACUCACUCACAGGAAUGGUCACUGAUUUUGGAUUCUUGUUUUCCUUGCAAGAACAAAAGGUUCUCUAGAAUCCUUCAGGCAGGAGAAAAACUUUAGAUGGGAGUCUUGUCAUCAAAAAUAAAUACACUUGCAUGGA